AAAUACAAGAAAGCGUCAGAUGUCUAUUCAUUUGCAAUGACUAUGUUUGAGGUGUUUCAAUGGGAUUUUGUGUUCAAAAAAAUGAUGAGAGGUUUCAACACGUCUGGAAUAUCGCCGAUUUCAUUUCUAAUGGUAAACGAUUUGCCAGACCAAAUAAUAUUUGACGAAUGA